CACUUGAAAUGGCAGAGAGUAUCACCUAUGCAGAUCUACAAUUUAUCAAAUUACCACUGAAACAAUCUCAAAAUGCAGAUGAAAACUCUGAGAAAUGGGAGGACAUGUAUGAGAAUGUGAACUGUCCGAAACUAGAGAAACAAGUCGUGGACUUCCAAGCCUCUCCCAACGGGAGUUCACGCCAGCUCAGGACAGGCAUUCAUAAACGUGUAUUUCACCUCGCACUUGUAUUUUUCUUUAUUUUCUUCACAACCACAAUUGGACUUAUGGUAAAAUAUAUCAGUGUUUCCAGAGAAUUACACAGAUUGUCUUUAGAAUAUGUGAUGAUGAACACCAGUCUGUCUCAAACAUUACAGAGCCAAGAUGAUAGUCUGGAAAACAAGAAACAAAGCCUAGCACAGUCCCAGCAUCAGGUAGAGCAACUGGGACAAGACCUAGCGGACACCAAUCACAGCCUGCAGAGAUGCCAUGAGGACACCGAGCAGUAUAAAAGGGAGCUGCAGAGGAUCACCAUCUUGCAGAAUAAAACAUCACAAGAUAUAAGAAAAACACAGCAAACAUUGGAAAACGCCAUCUCACAACUAAACAAAAUUGAGAAAGAUUCAUGCCCUGAAGGGUGGAUCCUGUUUAAUACAAAAUGUUUGUUCAUUUCGGAAAAUAAAGACAACUGGUUUAACAGUUUUAGACAAUGUGAGCUUAAACAGUCUUCGCUUCUUGUUCUGAGAGAUCAUGACGCAGAUCUUAAGACAUUUUUAACAAGCAAACAGACAUCAUUCUGGGUUGGUAAAGACGCAGUAAAGACACCGACUGGACUGGAAUGGACUUGGCCCAAUGAAUAUCAGAUAUACGAUUAUACAAUGCGUGGAUUAUUCCAGGAUGGGAGGCUAGGAAGAGACCAUUACUACAGCCAACAUAAAUGGAUCUGUGAAAGAAAUCUGAUUGCACUUGAAGUAUAUGAUACUCACUAUAAAGAAUUUCAAUCUUCAAUAACUUUUCGUGGUGUAAGGAUGAAAUGUGUUUACUAA